GAGGCUAGCUGACAGAUUGUUACAGAUUUUAUGGGUUCAGUAUAAAUUAACAUCGACUUGCACUAUAGCCUUCUGUUAAAACAGCACAGCAGGGCGCAGAUCAUGGAGUUUGCAGAGCUGAUAAAGACACCCAGGGUGGAUGGGGUUGUUCUGCACCGGCCUUUUAUGCCCACUGUGGAGGGGACCCUGUGUCUGACUGGUCAUCACCUCAUUCUCUCCUCCAGACAGGACAACACGGAAGAACUGUGGCUCCUUCACUCAAACAUCGACUCUAUAGAAAAGAGAUUUGUAGGGUCUGUAGGAAGCAUCAUUGUCAAAUGCAAAGACCUGAGGGUUAUCCAGCUGGACAUCCCUGGUAUGGAGGAGUGUCUCAACAUCUCCAGUUCUGUUGAGGCUCUGUCCACACUUGAUUCAGUCUCCCUGAUGUAUCCUUUCUUCUACCGGCCCAUGUUUGAGGUCAUAGAGGAUGGCUGGAAUUCUUUCCUUCCAGAGGAUGCCUUUAAGGAUUUGGAGUCUAUGACUGAUGAGUGGAGACUGAGUGAAGUCAACAAGGACUUCAGCGUGUGUCCGUCAUACCCCCCUCUAGUGGCGGUGCCCAAAGAUGUUGAUGACGACACACUGAGAAAAGUAGCUACUUUCCGUCACAGCGGCCGUUUCCCAGUACUCAGCUAUUACCACAAAAAGAAUGGCAUGGUGAUGAUGCGAGCGGGACAGCCUCUGACCGGAACCAACGGGCGACGGUGUAAGGAGGACGAGAAGCUGAUUAACGCCACGCUUCGGCCAGGCAAACGUGGCUACAUCAUUGACACACGUUCUAUAAAUGUUGCCCAGCAGGCCAAAGCUCGAGGCGGAGGAUUUGAGUCUGAGGCUAACUACCCCCAGUGGAGGAGGAUCCACAAGGCCAUUGAAAGGGCUAAUGUCCUUCAGGAGAGUCUGAUUAAGCUGGUGGAGGCUUGUAGCGACCAGUCGCACAGUAUGGACCGCUGGUUAAGCAAGCUGGAGGCUUCCAGCUGGCAGGCUCAUGUUAAGGAGAUCCUCACCACUGCUUGUCUGGCUGCUCAGUGCAUUGACAGGGAGGGAGCGUCAGUGCUCAUUCAUGGCACAGAAGGCACAGACUCCACCCUGCAGGUGACCUCGUUGGCUCAGAUCAUCCUUGAUCCCGCCUGUAGGACCAUCAGAGGCUUCCAGGGCCUGGUGGAGCGAGAGUGGCUCCAGGCGGGUCAUCCGUUCCAGCAGCGCUGCGCCCAGUCUGCCUACUCCAACAGCAAGCCUCGCCAAGAGGCUCCUGUUUUCCUGCUCUUCUUGGACUGUGUGUGGCAGAUCCUUCGCCAGUUUCCUUGCUCCUUUGAAUUCAGCGAGAGCUUCCUGGUGCUGCUCUUUGAACACGCCUAUGCCUCUCAGUUUGGUACUUUCCUGGGCAACAGCGCAGCCGAGAGAGCUAAACUGUCUCUGCCUGAGAAGACUGUGUCCCUUUGGUCGUGGGUGAAUCGGCCCCAGGAGCUGGAGCGUUUGACCAAUCCGCUCUAUGAGGCCAACAGUCUUGUGAUCUGGCCCUCUGUGGCCCCUCAGAGCCUGCUGCUGUGGGAAGGAGUGUUCCUUCGCUGGAACCGCUCCUCCAAGUGUUUGGAUGAAGCCUAUGAGGAAAUGGUACAUAUAAUUGAAUACAACAAGGAGCUACAGAACAAAGUAAACAGCCUGCGCAGGCAGCUGGCCCAGCUGGAAACUGAAGAUCCUCUGCUGCAAACACCAUAGAGAGAGAGGGAGGGAGAGAGAGAGAGAGAGAGAGAGUGAAAGGAAGCGAGAUGAGAGAAGGAGGUAAAAAAUGUGAAAAUAUAAUCGAAUAUAAAAACAGCUCAGUGUCAGCCCUGUUUUAAGGCUUCAUUAGCUGUAAAUCAUUUUCUUUCUUUCUUUUUUAUACAUUAUUGUUUCCUGCACAGAUGAAAUUGUCUGUUCAAAAUCAACAUAUGUUUGAUUUUGCCUGAAUGCAGUUAUUCUUUAUAAAGUCAGCAUGACUUAAUGGACGUAAAGACUGCCCCGAAACUUUACACGCUUGUGGAAAAAAAAACAAAAACAUACAUCAUCAGCAUAUUUUACCAAGUUGUCUCAUUAAAGCUUAGCAGGAGUGAGAGGGAAACAUUGAGAAAGCCAGUUAUUUCUUAGAGCGCUGCUAAAAGCCAAACAAUCCCCGAUCUCAUAUUCCUCAAAUAUCAGUGUGCGAGCAGAACUGUAUGUACAGAAAACAACUUUUUCUUGAAUUAUGCUUUGGCUGGUUGGCUGAUUUCACAGCUGCUGAGCCGUCAUGUCUCACAUUCACUGACUUUCAUUCACGUACACAGCAUUGACAUGUUGGCCUCCUGUGUAUUCGUGGUCAUUCAUCUCUGUUGAGGAAGUAGACACACGGGCAUUUGAAGGACAGUUAGAGAGAAACGUUGUAUAAACGUUGACUUACUACAGGGUACACAUUUUCACCAAACAUCCUGCUGAAUGUAUACACCACUGAAGCACUGCAACGUAACUAUGGCAACAUAUAGGGUGCUAUAAGGCAGCAUGUGACUUUGCUGCACGUUGAGAUGAUAUAAUAAAGCGUAGGUUGGGUCAGCACCUGUUGUACUGUACAAUGAGAGGGGAGGCUUAUUUAAUACAGUUCUGACCAAAAUAUCCUGAUUGUUGUACAUUUGUCAAAUCUUUAUUUGACAUUCCAGUUAGCAGCAUGACCAUAGAGUUUACGAAAGCUAAUCACACAAAAUGUAUUUAGUUAAACCUCAUACAACAGUAAUAUUCAUCAGCUUGUGUGGAAAUGUCUUUUUUUUCCAAUAUUAAUUUGCACAAUAGUCAACUAUUAAAAUAUAUUUGAAAGUAUGAUGUGGAAAAAGUGAUGGUACUGAGGGUCUUGUUGUCAUGGUUAUGGCAACAAGACCCUGAUUAUCAGUGAGACUUGACAGAGUUGAUCACAUGGAAGUCUGUCUGCUUAACGUCAGAUACUGCUUUAAAGACCAAUUUAUAUUUUGGUAACUAAAGUUAUAGAAUAAUAGUUCUGUUCAAAUACAUUAUUAAUCAAAAUGCAUAUCUGCUGUUUUGUGGUUUAACAUUCAAAACUAAUGCACCUUGUGUGAAAGGCAUUUCAGUUACAUUAUGCAUAUAUAUAUAUAUGUGUGUGUGUGUGUGUGUGUGUGAUACUACAAUAUCAGAAACAUACCGGUCUCAUUCUAAUUCUUGUAAUUAGCAUUAGUUUUUGUUAGUGCCUACCAUUGGUUGCCAUAACAGACAGUAAAUGUCUUAAUAUUAAACGUGAAAACAGGCCAAUAUAUCCAACUAACGUAAACUCCAGCUUGUUAUAUUUACUCAAAGUCUGUGCAGAAGAAAAAGACAGUGUGUCAUGGGAAAGUUCACCUCUGUGUCAACCCUGGCAGCCAAAGUAAUUAUUUUCUCACCAACCCUGGACUCAUCAUAGAACAAACAUGGCCAGGAAAACAUUGUUGGUGUUUCUAAACCUUUAAUUUCACUAUCAUUAAAUAUGUUUACAACAACUCCACCUAUAUUCUCUUGACAUAGUGACAUUAAAGCUCAUCUUUCAGUGCUGUCCAUGGGUAAAGGUUCAGUUAACCUAAUGCUAUAAAGAAAAUUUAAUGCUGCACUGUAAAUGUGAAAAAAGUGACUGUGGAAUAAAAUUCAAUCCACAGUAUUUGUCUUUGCCCACUUUGUUUUUUUUUUUUUUGCCAGUAAGAAAAUGUAUUUUCAUCUGCUUUUUUCCAUUUGAUCUUCAUACAUUUAAUCUGUUUUGUUUCAAGAAUGAUAUAAUAAUCACACUAAACAGAACUGAUUCCAGCCACUACAGUAAACUGCUUUGUAAAGGGAAUGUUUACAUGUAUAUUUCAUGCCUGCACUAUAUACAUUGUUUCCUUCAGCCAAAAAGACACCUUACCUUGAUGCUUUGUGUGUGCAUGAAUGGAACAAUGAGUUUAACCAAGGUGACGGUGUGAUUUAUGAUCAUAAAAAUGUCUUAGGUUUGCGUUACUCAAAUUUUUGCUCAGUCAGAAAGUCAACAAAACUCUAAAAGAUUAUCAGCUCUGUUGACAAAGAAUAUUUUUGUCUUGUUGUGCUUAUCAACUUUGUGCAAUGCCUUACUGUAAAAUCAGAAUUCAAAGCAAACAUUUCAGUUAUUUGUCUGUAAAAUUCUAUUAUUGUUCAAAUGAUUUUUGAAUUUUUUUAUGUUCUCAAGCCAUUAAAAAUUGUAGCACAAAA